AUGGCAUAUUCCUAUCCAGACACAGACAUUUGGACUCCCGCUGCAAGUCAACAUCUCGAGAAUGAUCAUGGAUACAAAGCGGUGGUGGAAGAGGCCGAGCGGCUCCUUGCGCUUUUCACUCAAACUUCUGGGCCAAAGCGAGAGUCCAUCCAUGACCACACGAUGCUUGUACCGGGACCAACUCAAGAUGGAUGGCAGACGAAGCGCACCAUCCAUGCUGUAGAGCCGAGGAAAGCUUCAAAUUCAUCGCUGCAAAGUCGUCGACUCACGUCUUCUCCAAAUGAUCCGUCUACUUCAUUUUCCCAAGCUAGAAUGCCUACUCGUCAUGUCAGCAUAAGGAAAGACGUCACGGUCUCAGAUGCCAAGAAUUACCAAGUUGACCAGCGGACACAGACUCCAGUCACAGGCCAGACAGCCGUAACGUCGGCCUCAGCAUCAGCAAAGAAUGCCUGCGAAAGCUCCACAAGUCUGCCACGUGCGAAGUUACUGAUCUCAUCUUCGGCGUUGAGAUCGUCCUCUAGUCCUUCGCGGUCCCCCGAACCCCGUACCGCAACAGUGCGAGCGCGUCGCUCUGCCCGGGCUCGAAAGGAUCCGGUAACUUACAAUAUCCGCACUCUAUCAGGUCUUGACAAGAAGAGUAGACUCGAACAAGACCUGUUCGGCAGUGGUAACUCCGAGGGAGAGCUAAGCGAUGUGUCUGGUUACUCUCAUCCAACUUCGAAUCCACCUAUCUCUGAUUUAUCUUCGAUACCAAUUCAGACUCCGAAGGGUCGAUCACAAACCGCCAAUGAUUUCAGGAAACUACUACAAGGCCGCGAGAUACAAGGGAGAAAAGUUCUCAGUCGCAUCCAAGGAACAUUAAGCUCUGAACUCAAGUUAUGGAAGUCAUGGAAAGGCGCCUCCAACGAUAUCAAUACCGUGGCAUGGUCACCAGAUGGAACUCGCUUUGCCGCGGGCGCUACUGCUCAGCCCGAUAUGUAUAACCGUUCCAAUAAUCUUGUCCUUGGUGACCUCGUACGCAGUUCCCUAGCUGAAUUGCCAGACCACUGGGCCCCUCUUCCCGCCUCGGUGAAUGCCUCGGAUCCCAACGCCACGGAUCUCCGUGGCUUCUCAAGCGUCAUUGCUGUGCAAUGGCUUGGUGAACGGUUGUAUUCUGCCAGUUACGACCAUACCGUGAAGAUCUGGGACGUCACGGCUACUCCCCGAGCUUCCUGCAUUCGAACUCUGAAACAUGAUUCUAAAGUCGUCGUGAUGGCUCUAUCAAACUGGAUGCCGCAUUUUGUCGCUACAGGUGCUCAAGGGUUUGGACUGUGGGACCUCAAAAAGGCCGACUCCAGUCCUAUCAAACUGGAAAUUCGACGAAGUGCAAACCUUACUCCAACAGUUUUGACCUGGGGUCAGAGCGCGGCAAUGAGCCGCUUUCUCGUUGGUGGGAUGGCGCAGCCGGUACAAGACAACCUCUGUAUCUCACAACACGGCCACUUAGGCCUAUGGAAGAUAGAGGAGUCCGAGAUUACGACAAGGAAACUCUCACCGGAUUCACAAAACAUUUUCGAUAUCAAAUGGCAUCCCACUAUGUCGAGAUUUGUGACUGCGAGCACUCCAGGAGUCAGUGCAUCCUCGAAACUUGCACGUGGAUACCGUUCAGUUGUGCGCCUAUACGAGUAUGAGGGGGCAGGCGAUAGAUUCAAUGUAACAACUGAAUUUGCGUGUCCCGCUUUGGACAUCAACGAAGUCACGCUAUGUCCAAUGAGCACGGCCUAUGUCACAGCCAGUUGCACGGACGGAAGCACCUACGUCUGGGAUACUCGUAACCCGGGUAAGAUCCUUCACAACCUCCGGCACGGGAUGUCCUCUACGCCGCUUGACCAUAACCUCGACCGUGAAAUCUCAGAUUUCGGAGUGAAGGUAGCCCUAUGGGGUAGCACAAUGGACCAGUUGUAUACUGGCGGAUCCGAUUGUUUCCUGAAGCAGUGGGAUAUUCGACGGUCUCCUGAGGAUGCACUGAUUGCUAAUACUGCAAAUUUUGGCCAUGAUGUUGUUAGCGGGGCCUUCUCUGAAGACAAGUCGCAACUGUUAAUUGGUGACUACGGGGGUGGCAUUCACAUUUUAUCAUGUAGCCCGUGCGCAGACCCCGAUGUCACUGAUUUCGAGUUCAUUCAUGCAACCCAGCCGGCAUCAUCGCCAGAGGAUGGAGUAACAUUGGCUAAUGAGCUCCUGACGUCCGGUCAGCUUAGGAUGCAUCGAAGCUAUGGACCCGUCCAGGGGCCUAAUUACGCUGGUCCAUUCUCCCGGUGGGCUCGCGGUUUGCCUCGAGACGCCCCUGAGCCGCCGGAGAUAAUUGCCAGAAUUCCAUUGCUUGAGGAGUAUCAACUUCGACAAUUUGAUGGUCCCAAGGUGAAGCAUCGAGCGGGCCUUGAUGAUAAGGCCAAAAAAGAAGUGCGAAAUGAGAUUCGCAAAGCCAAGAUUCGAAACGGUCGCUAUAGACGAUCUGUGGCCCAGGUUAGAGUCAAGCGAGAACGCGGUCUCAGUGACGAGUACGACGACGAGGACGGCAGUGCCGAAUCAAGACAGUCUCUCUCAGAGGCGCAUGAUAGCAAGCGACGAAGGAUCGAGCAGGGGCUAGUUCCACGGAUCAUCACUAAUACUGAUUUUGUUGACUUGACUCAAGAUUCAGAUGAAAGUUUGGAGGCUUUUGACCUUUCUCCUCUGGAGAGGUUACUCGAAAACCUCGAAGACGACUUUUAUUUCCCGGAAAACAGAACCAUAGACCCCAAUUUUUCCCAAGACGAAUAA